AUGUCUGGCUACGAAGUUGAGCACAACAUCUCUGCCCAAGAGGAGACGGCGCAACAUGCUCCGCGCCGGCCGGACCUCUCAACCUUCUUCUCACAGCUUGAGCUCGUUGAUACUUCGGACCCUGACGCCCACACCAAUGCGAACGCACUACCCCAGCCCGAGAACAUGGCGGCGGCAUUCCGCCUACUUGCAAACGCCUUCGAGAUGAUGCGCGGACGACCGGCGGACGAGAGUAGCGGCGGGGAGAACGACUUGCUGGCCAACAUGAUCGAGGUGCUGCGCCAGAACGCAGACGACCCGCCUGCAGAGCUCAAGGGCUGUCCAGACAGUUUCUUGGACGAGCUCGAGAGGGUGCCUAAGAAGUCACUCAAGCCGUCCGAUACAUGUCCAAUCUGCGUCAACCCGUUCCUGGAGGACGACUAUCCGUUGGUAGUGCAGUUGCCCUGCCACAAGGAUCACUUCUUUGACCUGGACUGCAUACGGCCCUGGCUCAAGCUAAACUCGACUUGUCCGCUCGAUCGCAAGGAGCUGCUCAAGAAGAAGCAGCCGCCACCGCCGCCUGUCAAGGACGACGACGAAGAAGAAGAAGAUUACGACGAUAUGUACGCAUGA